AUGGCGGGGUCCGGGCCGUGCGGGUGCCCCCCGGGCGGGCGGUCGGCGGCGCAGUACGAGGCGGAGAUCGGGCGGCUGAGCCGGGAGCUGGCCGAGACCACGCAGGAGAAGCUGCAGGCGGCCGAGUACGGGCUGGCCGUCCUGGAGGAGAAGCUCACGCUCCAGCACCACUACGACCAGCUCGACGCCCAGCACGACCGGCUCAAGCGGGAGCUCGACCAGCUCAAGGAGGCGUUUGGGCAGUCGUUUUCCAUUCACCGCAAAGUGGCCGAGGAUGGCGAGACCCGCGAGGAGGCUCUCCUGCAGGAGUCGGCGUCCAAAGAGGCCUACUAUCUGGCCAAGAUUCUGGAGAUGCAGAACGAGCUGAAGCAGAGCCGGGCUGUCGUCACCAACGUGCAGGCGGAAAAUGAGCGCCUCACGGCUGUCGUGCAGGAUUUGAAAGAGAACAAUGAAAUGGUGGAGCUGCAGAGAGUAAGGAUGAAGGAUGAAAUCCGAGAAUACAAGUUUCGAGAGGCCCGGCUCCUUCAAGACUAUACUGAACUGGAAGAGGAAAAUAUCACUUUGCAGAAGUUAGUGUCCACUCUGAAACAGAAUCAGGUGGAAUACGAAGGUUUAAAGCACGAGAUCAAACGAUUUGAGGAGGAUACGGUGCUCCUGAACAGCCAGCUGGAGGACGCCAUCCGGUUGAAGGAGAUCGCGGAGCACCAGCUGGAGGAAGCCCUGGAGACUUUAAAGAAUGAGCGCGAGCAGAAGAACAGCCUGAGGAAGGAGCUUGCCCAGUACAUCAACCUCAACGACAGCAUGUACAAUAACCACGUGAACCUCGCGGUGGACGGACUCAAGUUUACCGAGGACGGGAGCGAACCCAACAAUGACGACAAGAUCAACGGGCACCUCCACGUGCCCCUGGGGAAGCUGAGCGGAGAUUAUCGGACUCCCUCCGGGAGGAAAGGAGACGCGCUGAACCCCGUCUCGGACCUCUUCAGCGAGCUGAACAUCUCGGAAAUGCAGAAACUGAAGCAGCAGCUGAUGCAGGUGGAGAGGGAAAAGGCCAUUCUCCUGGCCAAUCUGCAGGAGUCCCAGACCCAGCUGGAGCACACCAAGGGGGCCCUGACGGAGCAGCACGAGCGAGUCCACCGGCUCACGGAGCACGUCAACGCCAUGAAGGGCCUGCAGGGCAACAAGGAGCUCAGGGCCCAGCCGGACGGCGAGAAGGGCCGGGACGCCGGCGAGGAAGCCCACGACUACGACGUCGACAUCAACGGCCUGGAGAUCCUGGAGUGCAAAUACCAGGUGGCCGUGACCGAGGUGAUCGACCUGAAGGCCGAGAUCAAGGCCCUGAAGGAGAAGUACAACAAGUACGUGGAAAACUACACCGAGGAGAAGGCCAAGUACGAGAGUAGGAUCCGCGGGUACGACGAGCAGGUGGUCAGCCUGGAGAAGACCGCCAGGGAGAGCGGCGAGAAGAUGACCCACCUGGAGAAGGAGUUGCAGAGGAUGACGAGCCUCGCCAACGAAAACCACAACACCCUGAACGCGGCCCAGGACGAGCUGGUGACGUUCAGCGAGGAACUGGCCCAGCUCUACCACCACGUGUGUCUGUGCAAUAACGAGACGCCCAACAGGGUCAUGCUGGACUACUACCGGCAGAGCCGGGUCACCCGCAGCGGGAGCCUCAAGGGGCCCGAUGACCCCAGGGGGCUUCUGUCCCCACGGCUCGCCCGGAGGGGCCCGGCAGCCGACCAGGGGGCGAGGGAGAAGGGCGAGCCCAGUGCAGAACAGAGUCCCGCCAAGGCGCCCACAGUCUCCCCCGUCAUCACCGCCCCGCCCUCCUCGCCCGUCUCCGACCCCAGCGACAUCCGCAAGGAGCCGAUGAACAUCUACAACCUGAACGCCAUCAUCCGCGACCAGAUCAAGCAUCUGCAGAAAGCGGUGGACCGGUCCCUGCAGCUGUCGCGGCAGCGGGCCGCCGCGCGCGAGUUGUUGCCCAUCAUCGAUAAAGACAAGGAGGUGCUGAUGGAAGAGAUAAUGAAGCUGAAGUCCCUGCUGAGCACCAAGCGGGAGCAGAUAGCCACCCUCAGGGCGGUGCUCAAAGCCAACAAGCAGACGGCUGAGGUGGCGCUAGCCAACCUGAAGAACAAAUAUGAAAACGAAAAGGCGAUGGUGACGGAGACCAUGACCAAACUUCGAAACGAAUUAAAGGCUCUGAAAGAAGAUGCAGCCACUUUCUCAUCCUUGAGAGCAAUGUUUGCCACCAGGUGUGACGAGUACGUCACCCAGCUGGAUGAGAUGCAGAGGCAGUUAGCAGCUGCAGAGGAUGAGAAGAAGACCCUGAACUCUCUGUUACGGAUGGCUAUCCAGCAAAAACUCGCCCUGACCCAACGCCUGGAGGACUUAGAGUUUGACCACGAGCAGUCGCGACGCAGCAGCAAGGGCAAGCUGGGGAAGAGCAAGAUCGGCAACCCUAAAGUAAGUCGGGAGGCAUCAAUCAGCGGGCCCACCAUUGACACUUUCCUCCUGCAUAGUCAGGGCUCACGGCCACCAAACAUUCUGGUCAGCGGUGGCACCCAGAGGAAAAGACAAUUUUCACCUUCCCUUUGUGAUCAGAGCCGCCUCAGGACUUCAGGGGCCUCCUACCUCCAGAGUUUAUUAAACGUUCCCCCUGAUCCCACCUCCACAGAAGCAUUUCUUCUGAGGGGCCGCCCUUCCAUGACUGAAUUCAUCCCAGGGCACCGUCUCAGCAAGGAAAAAAGGUUAACUGUGGCACCACCAGAUUGUCAGCAGCCUGCUGCCUCCGUACCGCCACCCUGCUCACAACUAACCGGGAUGCCAGACUGCCAGACUGCCAGUUCUAAUGUCGAUCUGCCAGAAGAGCAGCCCCAUUCCAACUCUCAGUGUGCCCCUCUCAACUGUCUCUCCAAGCCUCCUUACCCCUAGUCAGCGUCGGCUGCCGAAAAUUGGGAAUGGAGCCUUUCUAGGAUGAUAUUCCAAGGGUCCGGGCAGGACUUGAUUUCUACCGGGGGGUGGGGGGCUGCAAGAGCAGGCCUGGAUUCAUCGCCACGGGCUCAGAAGAGGAGGGACGGUUGAGAAGAAAGCACAAAACACGGAACCCAACCUGGUCAGACAUUUCCCAAUUCCUCCGAUCACAGCCAGACUCUGAUACCACGAGGACAGUUCAGGGGGACGAAAAGGAAGAGAGGGCGGGAGAGAAUAUCCCAGCUUCCCGGUCACACCUCGGAAGGGUGAAGAGAGACGUCACGGCCUAUCUGAAACGUCUGUUACAAAACCGUACCGCCCAUCUUCUGAAUUCAGCCGCGGGAAGUGAUUCCGAUUUUCCUUUUCCGUCGCCGUUGAGAGUGUUCUGUUAUUAUUUUGGACCUUAUUUGCACUGUGACGUGUUUAGGAAAUGCGGUUCGUUUGUGUCAAGGGUUGUAUUUCGUUCAUUUCUGAAUAAGAUGAACCUGUUCUAAGUUAAGCGUGAUUUUUGAGUUAGGAUCUUAUUGGCCCUGUGGCUUGGGUUCAUGAAAUGCAGUUUGUUUGUGACAAGAGUUGUAUUUCCUUCGUUUAUUUUUGAACAAGUUGCACCUGUUCUAAGUUAAGAAUGAUUUUUAAGUUAGGAUCAAGCUCAGUAAAUUUGGCCAAGAUGCGGCCAGUUUUAUUGAGGUGUAGAAAAAUGGGGUGAUUUGGAUGUUAACAAUGACUUUUUAUUUUGCUGCUGCACUGAUAUUAUUUAUGCACUUAUGUUCUAGUUAACAGUUCACUAGCUGCUGGAUUUUGUUGCCGUUCUUCACUGGAGGUUAAUUAUUAAAUACAAAA